UCCCCUUUCCAGAGAGUCAGGAAGAAGCCUCGAAAUAGAGGAAAACCUACGGUGGAGGAUGAAGACAGCAUGGAUGGAUUGGAGACAACAGAAACGGAAAACACUGUGGAAAUUGAUACCAGGGAACAAUUUACAGAGGAGGAUACCCAAACUGAAGUGGACAAUGACAAGAAGCUAACACCAGAUCUCCAGUGCUCAGUCGCUGUGGACUCUGCCAACACCAAUUAUUCGGUUGGUGUUGAAGCAAAAAGCAGCAGUGAGCAGGUCUGCGCUUUUUGUUACUGUGGGGAACGCAGCUCAUUAGGACAAGGCGAGCUUAAACAAUUCAGUCCAACUCCAGGGUUUAUUGCUCCAUGGAACAACCAGCCCUUAAAUAUCAGUGAAACUGUUGACAGCAAAGAUACCAUUGAUGAGAAUAUUCCAAGGCAGAACCCAGUCCUCCACAAAGCAAGAGGACAAAAAAAAGAACAGAAUAUAACAACCUGUACCUGUACAAGCAUUGAAGCUACUCCUGAUGAUCAGGUACUUGAAGUCUGGGAUGAACUUAGAAUGGUUGGCUUACCAGAUGACAUUGAUGUUCAAGCCUUAUUUGAACCAACAGGCUAUUGUUGGGCUCAUCACCGCUGUGCGGAAUGGUCACUGGAAGUUUGCCAGACAGAAGAGCAGCUGCCAGCGAACGUGGACAAAGCUGUUGUCUCAGGGAGCACAAAACGAUGUGCGUACUGCAAGCACCUUGGAGCCACUAUCAAAUGCUGUGAAGAGGAAUGCACCCACAUAUAUCAUUACCCGUGUGCUGCUGGAGCAGGCGCAUUUCAGGACUUUAAUAACCUUUCCCUUCUUUGUCCAGAUCAUAUUGACCAGGCUCCACGAAGAUCCAAGGAAGAAGCUAACUGUGCAGUGUGCGACAGCCCUGGAGACCUGUUAGAUCAACUUUUUUGUACAACCUGUGGCCAGCAUUAUCAUGGAAUGUGCCUGGAUAUACAAGUGACCCCUAUCAAACGGGCAGGUUGGCAGUGCCCUGAUUGUAAAGUGUGUCAGAAUUGCAAGCAGUCUGGAGAAGACAACAAAAUGCUUGUAUGCGAUACAUGUGACAAAGGGUAUCAUACUUUUUGUUUACAACCAGUUAUGGAUUCUGUACCAACAAAUGGGUGGAAAUGCAAAAACUGCAGGGUAUGUGCAGAAUGUGGCACACGGAUCAGUAGCCAAUGGCAUUACAACUGCCUUAUGUGUGACAAUUGUUAUCGUCAACAAGACAACCUGGCUUGCCCUUUCUGUGAAAAAUCCCCCUAUCCAAACUUGCAAAAAGAAAGGUUGCACUGUCAUAUGUGUAAAAGAUGGAUACACAUAGGAUGUGAUAAGCCUCCUGACAAUGAAUUGGAUAUUCAUUUUAAAGAAUAUAUCUGCAGUCUUUGCAAACAUGCAGACGUAGAUCAAGAACAUACACAAAUGUGUGACAUGAUGGAGACUGAACAACUUUUGCCUGAAGUUGACACAGAAAUGGAAAGCAUAGGUUCCGGAGACAUAGGAAACAAGAAACCGCUAGUAUCUGAAGGUGGCCUUGAUCAAGAAUUGAUGGUUGAGUCUUCUACAGAUGAUAAGGACGCCCUUUCUUUGACAGCAGAAGAUCAUAUGUGCCUCUCAUUAGAUGAAAAGAAAUGUGAACUGGAGACACAGGUUUCCAGUCAUUUUGAUACAGAAGAAGGGGAAACAUCUGUUAAAAAUACUCCUGCACCUGAUAGCAAUCUCUCUGAUAAAAAGAGGGAAACUUCAGAAAAUAUUCCAGAAAUAACACAGCAAGAAUCAGAUAAACAAGCUGAAGAAACAAAACCAUCACAGACAAGCACUGAGUUGGUGGAAGUGCCCCAAGAGGAAUGUCAGCUUCUUCAGAUGGAACCAGAGAAUAUAUCCAAGAUACCUGAAACUUUAAUUUUGGUCAGUAAAGAACCAAUCUCCAGUCCUAAGGAAGAACAGUCUGAAGCAGUGGUCGUUCUAGAAAGUACAAAUGGAAGAGACACUCCUGAAGUGUCAUCUCUUCCUCAAAGUGAAAGUUGUGCAAUUGAGAGUUGCCAGUUGGCAGGCAAAUCUUCAGAAUCAUCACCUGAGAUAUUUUCCCCAUGUCCAUCAUCUGUUAAAAUAAGCAAAUCUAUUGAUGUAUCUUCUUUGCCAACAUCUGCGCUAGAGCCAAGUGCAUCCCAUGAGAUGUUGCGAUGUCAUAUGUCAUCAUUAGAAUCUGCUGCGGUUCUUCCAUCCACAUUUGUAUCACUCACUCCAAAAAUUGGAAUGGGAAAACCUGCUAUCACCAAAAGAAAGUUUUCUCCCGGCAGACCAAGGUCAAGACAGGGUACUUGGAAUAGCUAUAAUACAGCAAGCCCACCUUCCUGGUCCCCCGACAUUUCAGAAGGUCGAGAAACAUUUAAAUCUAGACAACUACCAGGAAGUGCUAUUUGGAGCAUCAAAGUGGGUCGUGGAUCAGGAUUUCCGGGGAAGCGGAGACCACGAGGCGCAGGACUUUCUGGAAGAGGUGGGCGUGGGAGAUCAAAAUUGAAGAAUGGAAUUGGAUCGAUUCUUGCGCCAGGGGUCACAGAUAUGGAUAACUCAUCCAACAAAGAUGAAGAAGAAAACUCCAUGCAUAAUACUGUUGUCCUGUUCUCUAGCAGUGACAAAUUUACUUUACAUCAGGAUAUGUGUGUAGUUUGUGGAAGUUUUGGACAAGGUGCAGAAGGCCAAUUACUUGCCUGUUCACAGUGUGGUCAGUGUUAUCAUCCAUUCUGUGUAGGUAUUAAGAUUACAAAAGUGGUACUCCACAAGGGUUGGCGAUGUCUGGAGUGCACUGUUUGUGAAGCCUGCGGAAAGGCUACGGAUCCAGGAAGGCUACUUCUUUGUGAUGACUGUGAUAUCAGCUACCACACUUACUGCCUGGAUCCACCACUACAGACAGUUCCCAAAGGAGGUUGGAAGUGCAGAUGGUGUGUGUGGUGCAGACACUGUGGAGCUACUUCUCCCGGUUUAAGAUGUGAAUGGCAAAAUAAUUACACACAGUGUGCUCCUUGUGCAAGUUUAUCUACCUGCCCAGUCUGCUGUUGCAGUUACAGAGAAGAAGAGCUUAUUGUGCAGUGCAGGCAGUGUGACAGAUGGAUGCACACUGUCUGUCAAAAUUUAAACACGGAGGAAGAAGUGGAAAACACAGCAGAUAAUGGUUUUGACUGCACCAUGUGUAGACCAUAUAUACCAUCAGCAAAUGUGCCUUCCUUUGAAUUCUGUGAAUCAUCUAUUGCAGCCCAAAUUCCAUCAAAAGCAAAGGAACUUGACCCACCGAAGACGUACACUCAGGAUGGUGUCUGUUUGACCGAAACAGGGAUGUCUCAGUUACAGAGCCUCAGUGCUGUUGUACCAAGAAGAAAAAGGGCAAAGCCAAAGCUUAAGUUGAAAAUUAUAAACCAGAAUAGUGUUGCUGUACUUCAAACACCACCUGAUGUCCAGUCAGAACAUUCAAGAGAUGGUGAGAUGGAUGACAGUAGAGAAGGAGACCUUAUGGAUUGUGAAGGAAAAUCAGAUACAAGUCCUGAACGAGAACCUAUAGAUGAUGAUCCUAAGGGAAUGGAAGCAACUGAAGGGAUCAAAAAAAGAAAGAGAAAGCCAUAUAGACCUGGCAUCGGUGGAUUCAUGGUACGCCAGCGGAGUCGUACAGGACAAGGAAAAAUGAAAAGAUCUCUCUCUAGAAAAGAUUCUUCUGGUUCUGUAUCUGAACAAAUACCCAACAGAGAUGAAAUUUGGGGUGAACAACUGCCUGAUACACUUGUUGAUGAAGCUAUGUCUGUUUCUGAAAAUAUGGAAAAAAUGAAAAAACGUUAUAAGAAAAAGAAAAAUAAGCUUGAAGAAAUUUUCCCAGCAUAUUUGCAGGAAGCUUUCUUUGGAAGAGAACUUUUAGACACUAGUAGGCAGAAAAAGCCAAGUUUGGAUAAUUUAUGCAGUGAAAGCCUCAGCAUUUCCUGCAAAGCAAGUUUGAACACCAAUUUCUUAGAUCCAUCCUCAGAUCCACUUCUGAGUUCAGCUUCCACUUCCACUCCCUCAAAAUCUGGUGCGCAAGGUACUCUGGAUGACCCAUUAGCUGCUCUCGUGCUGAGCACUGAGGAUGACAUCCUUGGAAUUCUUUCAGAUGAUUUAGUGAAACCUGGGGAUCAUUCAGCUGGACUAGAUAUUGGGCCUAUCUCUGACGAUCCCUCCACUUCGCUGCCUCUACAGAAUGUCAGCCAGAGUGCCCGGCCACUGAGUGAAGAACAGUUAGAUGGGAUUUUGAGUCCAGAACUGGAUAAGAUGGUCACAGAUGGUGCAAUUCUUGGUAAAUUAUAUAAGAUUCCAGAACUGGGAGGAAAGGAUGUGGAAGACUUGUUUACUGCUGUACUGAGUCCUGCAGCCACUCAGUCAGCUCCUUUGCCACAGCCUCCACCACCACAAUUACUGCACUUGCACAAUCAAGGGGAGAAUGCAUUUUCAAGGGUUCCACUUAUGAAUGGCCUGAUUGGACAAACUCCCCAUCUCUCUCAUACACCCUUAGUGCCUGGAGGUGGAUUAGGAACGUUCUCUACUAUAACACAGGCACCCUAUGCCGAUACCAGAGAUAAAAACACAGUAUUUAAUGCAGUGAUAAAUGAUCCUACCAAUCCUUGGGUUGCAUCUGCAACUCCUUUGGAAGGAGAAAAUGAUACCAUGUCUAAUGCACAGAGGAGCACUCUGAAAUGGGAAAAAGAGGAAGCACUUGGUGAAAUGGCAACAGUAGCACCUGUUUUAUACACAAAUAUUAAUUUUCCAACCCUAAAAGAAGAGUUUCCAGAUUGGACAACCAGAGUCAAGCAGAUUGCCAAGCUAUGGAGAAAAGCAAGCUCUCAAGAAAGAGCUCCAUAUGUGCAAAAAGCCAGAGAUAAUAGGGCUGCUUUACGGAUUAACAAAGUACAGAUGUCCAAUGAUUCAAUGAAGAGGCAGCAACAGCAGGAUAAUAUUGAUCCUGGAUCUCGUAUUGAAACUGAACUCUUCAAGGAUCCAUUAAAACAGAGAGAAUCUGAACAUGAGCAAGAAUGGAAAUUUAGGCAGCAAAUGCGUCAAAAGAGUAAACAGCAAGCUAAAAUUGAAGCAACUCAGAAACUUGAGCAAGUGAAAAAUGAGCAGCUGCAGCAGCAACAACUAGGAUCACAGCAGCUUGUAAACCAGCCAGGCUCAGAUACCCCUAGCAAUGGGAUGCAAAGUCCUUUAACCCCUCAGGCCAGCAAUGGAAAUAUGUCUCCUGCACAGCAAGGAUUAUAUGCAAAACCGUUGCCUGGCCCUUCUACAUCUACUCCUUCUGAUGUUUUCCUAAAACCCCAAGCCCCACCUCCACCUGUGACGGCUAAUCGAAUGUCUGCUCAAGAUGGUCAUUGUCAGACUCCAUCACAACAAACAUUCUCUUCUUCCCCCUCUGCUCAGCCACCUUCUCCGAUUGACCCAUAUGCAAAGAUGGUGGGAACUCCCAGGCCACCACCUGUUAACCAAAAUCAAAAAUUUGUCAGGAGAAAUUCUGCUACGCCAGCAGAGAUCUGUCCACUGCCUUCAAUAUCCAGGCCAACUCAAGUUUCUGAAUCAAUGGGAAGGAGGCCAUCACCAGCCAGAGAUUCGUGUUCCUUGUCCCCAGGCACCAGUGAUCCUUAUGCAAAACCUCCAGAUACACCAAGACCUGUAAUUGGAACAGAACAGUUCUCUAAACCUUUGGGGAUGUCAAGAUCACCUUUAAUGUCAGAACAACAGGCAAGCAGUGACCAAUUUGCUAAGCUACCUCCAAGAACAGGCGGUGAUACUUUUCAGAGACCCCGGAUCUCUUCUACUGAUUCAUGUUCACGGCCUUCAUUGACUUCAACAUCUGUUAUUGAAGGGCAUUCCAGCCCAUUUAAAACACCAGCGUGCCCAAAUCCAUCUUCGCAAGAUUCUUACACAAAAAUGUCACCUACUUCAAGGAGAGUAGCUGUGGAUCCUUAUGAAAGGCCUCUUUUGACACCAAAGCCUGUAGAUAGUUUUGCACACAAUCCAUCUAAUGAUUCUUACAGCCAGUCUCAGUUGGCUUCCCACUCAGCAAUAAAGGAUACUUUUGCCCAUCCACAAAGAGUAUUGCGAAAUCAGGGUGAUUAUUCUGGAGCUCUUUCAAGAACAAUUGCUCAGGAUCCAUAUGCCCAGCCCCCAAGCACUCCUCGCCCUGUCACAGAUCCUUAUGCCCAGCCCCCUGGUACCCCUCGACCUGCUUCAGAUCCUUAUGCCCAGCCCUCUCGACCUGUUCCAGUUGACCCAUAUAUGCAUCAGCCACUCACACCAAGACCUCCACAGACUGCAGACUUAUUUGCUCAGGUUUCAGGUAAUCAGAGGCAUUCUGAUCUGUAUGCCCAGCCUCCAGGUACACCAAUGCCAGUUACUAAUGAUCCAUAUUCUCAGUCACCAGCAAUUCAAAGGUCUGGAAUUUCGGAAACUUUCAGUAGACCAAUUCCCAUGUCAAAUCGGGAUCCUUAUCUGCAGGCAUCACAGAGCAGGACUUUAUCUGGGACUUUUGUCAAGCCAUCAGAUCCUUCUCAGUCUUCAAAGCUAUCAGGGCCUACAGUGACAGAUUCUUUUAGCCAUGAUCCCUCACGUGAUCCUUUUGAUCAGCCUCCAGUGACACCAAGAUCUCAACCAGAAACCUUUGGAACAGCUCAGCACCCCCAAGAAGACCAAUCUAGAAGUGGGUCAGAAGGAAAUUUCAAUUCCUCUGUAAACUCACCCAUGAAUUUGCAAGGAAAACUAUUUUCACAGACUACACAAGGUUCUGUCCCAGGCCCAAGUACAGGAUUAAUACAGAACAGCACAAUGUCUCAUACAGAUGCAGAGAAACUAAGACAGCGCCAGAAGUUACGUGAAAUUAUUCUUCAGCAGCAGCAACAAAAGAAAAACGCAAUCCGUCAAGAAAAGGCCCCACUGGAGCCUGCCGCAUCAACUCCAACAGCACUUAUUCAACCAUGGCAGCAAGAAAAUCUGAAUCAGAUUUUCAGUCGACCACCACCUCCGUAUCCAGGCAACAUUAGAUCAUCUACCAUUCCUCCAGGUGGACUAAGGCUGGCAGGUUUUCCUGUUGAUGGGCAACUGAAUAGACCUCAGUUUCCAGGAGAUGCUGGUGGCAUGGGGAUGAGGCCUCAUGGAAUUAGAUUUGGCUUUCCCAGUGGUGGCCAUGGACCUCUACCUUGUCAAGAUCAUUUUCUUGGUCCACCACAACAGAUGCAACAUACUGGUGUCCCACCACAGUUUAGAAGAUCCAUGCCUAUAGAUCUGCCUAGACUACCUAACAAACCACCAAUGAAUAAUCCCAUUGGCUUGUCACAGCAUUUCCCACCACAAGGUAUCCAGGUUCAACAGCACAAUAUAAUGGGGCAGGCAUUUAUUGAGCUUUGUCAUAGAGCACCUGAAGUCAGACCAAGACUGCCUUUUAAUUCUUCAUCUACUGUUAUGAACACUGCUCCUGAGCAUCAACAACAAACUGAACUUCUACCUAGACAGGAUUGUCAGGGGCCAAGACACCUAGAACCCACAAGAUGUAAUUCUCAAAAUUCAGAUAAUCCAUUGCAGAUUUCAACAGGUUUGGAGCAUUUAUCACCAUCCCAGCAGGAUAAAAUGAAUCCAAGUCAUCCAUCUGCACUAGUCAUGUGUUCCUUAAAUCAUCCAUCAAUAAAUAAUGCAUUUCGAGGAGACUCUUUGCCAAUCACAAGACCUGCUGAUGAAACAAGCGGCUUGCGAAUGCCCAGUCAGCCUACUGAUAUCUUAGAAGAAAAACUUGAUCCUGAUGAUCCCUCUGUGAAAGAUUUAGAUGUUAAAGACCUUGAUGGUGUUGAGGUUAAGGAUUUGGUUGAUGAAGAUCUUGAAAAUUUAAAUUUAGAUGCAGAAGAUAAAGGUGAUGAACUGGACACAUUAGAUAAUCUUGAAACUAAUGACCGUCAUCUUGAUGAUCUUCUGAGAUCAGGAGAAUUUGACAUAAUUGCAUAUACUGAUCCAGACCAUGACUUGGGUGACAAAAAGGGUAUGUUUAAUGAAGAGCUGGAUCUUAAUGUCCCCAUAGAUGAUAUACAUGGCAAGGGAGAAGACAGUCUGCAGAAACAACCAGAUGAUAAAACUUCUGUUCCUGAAGGGUCUGUUCCGCCUCAGAAAAAAGCUACUGAGAACAGUGAGACUAAAACAGAAGUGCUUUCUGCAAUUGAAGAAGCUAAAUGUAAACAUGAAAAAAUUGACAAAAAUGUCGCAGUUUCUAGUGCUCAGCAUGAUAGAGAAACUAAAUCUGUUUUGUCUUGUAACGUGGAAGCAACUGAUAAAGUAGAUAUGAAUGCGGAAACCACAGUGUCCAGUCCAGAUGCAGUUCAGUUGCCUACUCAAAAUACAACAAAUGCUUGUAAUACCCCUGGAUCUACUCCAGUUCUUACCAGCUUACUCACUCAUGGCAAUUCAGAAAACCCUGAUACGAGGUUAUUAGAUUCUCCUUCUCACUCCUUCCGGACAGCCCAAACAAAUCCCGUAACUUUAAUUACAUCCACCAGUCAAAACAUGGAAAAUGUGUUACCUGAAGUGAACAUGGUUCCAGCAGUAAGCCACAGUUUUUCACAAGGGACUGCAGUAAAUCCAGCCUUUAUCUCUGGCCAGCCCCUCAAUCCCAAUUUGGGGGUAGGGCAGCCUGGAAGUCAAACAGGGCCUGUUGGAAAUAGGCCUUCUCCUAGCAGUAUCCCUGGUUCUCAGCAGCUGGUACUUCCUCAGACAUUGGUCCAACAGCAGAAUCGGGAGAGACCUCUGCUUUUGGAAGAGCAGCCUCUGUUGCUGCAAGAUCUUUUGGAUCAAGAAAGGCAAGAGCAGCAGCAGCAACGACAGAUGCAAGCCAUGAUUCGCCAGCGGUCUGAGCCAUUUUUCCCCAACAUUGAUUUUGAUGCAAUUACUGAUCCUAUAAUGAAGGCAAAAAUGGUAGCUUUGAAAGGGAUCAAUAAGGUUAUGGCACAGAACAAUAUGGGGAUGCCACCAUUGGUCAUGAACAGAUUUGCCUUUAUGGGUCAGGCAGGACCUGGAGCCCAGAGCAAUGAAGGCCAGCAUCUAAUACCACAAGCUGUUACACAGGAUGGUAGCCUAACACCUCAGAUGUCUAGACCAAAUCCUCCAAAUUUUGGUCCUGGAUUUGUAAAUGAUUCAUAUAGAAAGCAAUAUGAGGAAUGGCUACAGGAAACGCAGCAGCUUCUUCAAAUGCAGCAGAAGUAUCUUGAAGAGCAAAUUGGAGCACACCGAAAAUCAAAGAAAGCCCUCUCUGCAAAACAGCGCACAGCAAAGAAAGCUGGGCGUGAGUUCCCAGAGGAGGAUGCAGAGCAGCUGAAACACGUCACUGAGCAGCAGAGCAUGGUCCAAAAACAGCUUGAACAGAUACGAAAGCAGCAAAAGGAGCACACAGAGCUGAUUGAAGAAUACCGCAUCAAACAGCAGCAGUGUGGAAUGGGACCCCAUUCAGGGAUGCCAGGCCUUGCUUCGCAGCCCCCCAUGGUCCCUGGAGGGUCUUCACCAGCCAUGGGUCAGCAGAAUUUCCCAAUGAUAUCCCAGCAGCUUCAGCAUCCACAGCACCCUGUUGGCCAACCCAAUCCAUCUAGAAUCCCAGGCUUGCCUGGCUGGCAACCUCCAAACACUCCAGUGUUUUUCUCCCAUAAUGCGCCAAGAAUGCCCCCUCCAAUCCCCCAACUGCCAGUUAAUCCUGGGACACCUGCUUCUGUGUUAGCCCCCAGCCCCACUGUGCAGUCGGGUCCCCCGCCUCGUGUGGAAUUUGAGGACAAUAACCCAUUUAGCGAAAGCUUCCAGGAACGAGAGAGAAAAGAGCGUUUGCGGGAGCAGCAGGAAAGGCAACGAAUCCAGCUUAUGCAGGAAGUGGAUCGACAGAGAGCACUGCAACAGAGGAUAGAAAUGGAACAGCAUGGCACAGUGGGCUCUGAAUUAAAUGCUAGAACAUCCUUCCCUCAAAUACCUUACCUCGGUUCGGAUCGACCUGGUGAUUUUAUGAGGCCACCACAGCCCCUUCAGCAGUCUACGCAGCAACCGCCACCGCCACCACCACAGCAGCAGCAGAUAGGAUCAAUUUUGCAAUCAGGACCCUUAAGUUCUCCUCCCACGGCCCCUUUUCCACCGUGCAGUGAGCAGCAGCAGACUGGAUCUUCUCCUUUUGCAUCUGAUUCAGUCCCAGUUCAAGGUGGAAGCUCUGCUUACCAUUCUGCUAAGCAGUCCCAUGGAAGUAUUUCUGGAGUCAGUUUUACCCAGUCCCUGCCUAGGCCUCAGUUUGCCACUGGUGUGCCUGCAGUUUCUCCAGGAACAAGCAGUGGUCCAGUCUGUGGUCAGGACUCGAGCCUGCCACCUGGAACAAACUUUGCUGGGACAAAUCCAUCUCUGAUUCAGCUAUAUUCUGAUAUCAUUCCUGAGGAGAAGGGCAAAAAGAAAAGAACAAGAAAGAAGAAAAAAGAGGAUGACACUGACUCUGUGAAUACACCAUCCACGCCUCAUUCGGAUAUAACUGCUCCUCCAACUCCAGUAGUUGUGGAUGCUGUGUCCACCCCAACUCUUAGCACUUCUGGUGAGCUUGCACGCAACUCGGGAGAAACGGAAAAAGAAGAACUGCCAGAUGCAGCAACACCAAAUGCUGCAGAGAGUCAGUCUUCCUUAGAACUGAAAGGUCAACUUGCUAAAAGCAAUUUGCCACAAAACCAACUCCUUGAACCAUCAAGUCUAAACCCAGAAACCGAUACCAAGACCGAUAUUUCUGCAAGCCUUCAGGAAAUCAGACCAGAAAAGGCAGACAAUGAUCAGUGCUCCAGUCAAACUGAGUCUAAGACAAAGACAGAAAAGGAUGUUGACGUGGAAGAUGAUAAAGCUGCCAUUCAGAAUUCCCUUCCUACACAGAAGCUGGCAUCACCUGUCAACACACCACCUGCAAAAGUGGAGUCAGGGAAUGAACUCCUCAAACACCUGCUUAAGAACAAAACAGCCACCCGUCACAUCAAUCAGAAACCAGAUAGCAGCUUCCACCUUCCAGAGAAUGCCGAGGAGAACAAGUUAAUUGAAAAACAGGACUUGGCUGAAAGCAGCAUGCCAUUGGGGAACCUGUUACAAGGCUCAUUUAGUUGUGGUAACAGCCAAGUUCAGAGAGGAGAUUUAGGACAUGAAAUAAAGAAACAGAGGAACAAACGAACUCAGAGGACAGGUGAAAAAGCAACAUCUCGGCCUAAAAGGAAAAAAAAGGAGGAAGAAAAACACACAGUUUUUCCCAACACAGAAACUUUCAUGCAGUUGAAACAGCAACUCUCCUUGCUGCCUUUAAUGGAGCCAAUGAUUGGAGUGAGCUUCACCCACUUUCUUCCAUAUGGUAGCAGCCAUCAGAGUAGUGGAAGUCGGCUUGUGGGAGCUUUCGGUAGUGCUACACUUGAUGGGGUAUCUGAUUACUAUUCUCAGCUAAUCUACAAGCAAAAUAAUCUCAGUAACCCACCCACACCUCCAGCAUCCCUUCCUCCUACACCUCCACCUGUGACUUGCCAAAAAAUUGUAAAUGGAUUUGCAACGACUGAAGAACUUGCUACCAAAGCUGGAAUGAUGGGAGGACCUGAUGCUUUAGGUUCAAAGCAGUUUCAGCUGCCUUUCAGGCCACAGGACGAUUUGUUAGCCAGGGCCAUAAUUCAGGGUCCUAAGAGUGUGGAUGUCCCUGCUUCUCUUCCAACCCCACCUCAUAACAAUCAUGAAGAGCUCAGGAUUCAGGAUCCUUGUGAUGAUAGAGAAACUCCAGAUAGCUUUGUUCCUUCUUCUUCUCCUGAGAGCGUCAUGGGCAUGGAAAUAAGUAGGUAUCCAGAUCUGUCAGCAGUAAAAGAAGAGAUGCCACAGUCCGUUCCAUCUCCUGUCAUUCCAAUUCUGCCAUCCAGUACUGGAAAGGGAUCAGAAGCAAAGCAAAAUUUCAUCAAAAUGGAGCCUUGUUCAACUUUCUUCAGUUCUCAGCUUGGACUUGCUCCAAAUAACACAGAAUCCGGGCUUGUGUCCAUUGCCAUUACUUUGCAUCCUACAGCUGCAGAGAAUAUUGGUAGUGUGGUGGCUGCAUUUUCCAAUCUUCUACAUGUCAGAAUUCCAAACAGCUAUGAAAUUAGCACUGCAUCUGAUGUUCUGUCAUCUAUCGGAAUAAUGAAUCCACACAGAACAAAUCCAGCAUUUGAGUACAGGCAACAUGUACUAUUUCAUGGUCCUCAGUCAGGAACUGUCGGCCCUCCUGGAUUAACAGGGCCUUAUGGACUCAAGCCACACAAUGCCCCAUUUUUAUCAAGCGGAAAUGUUUUGGCAGGAUAUAAAGCACAAAGUCCAAUUAUUGCCGAUGGCUCGACAUUAAGGUCACAGUGGUGUUCUCAUUGUAAAGUGGUAGUACUGGGCAGUGGAGUACGAAAACCUUUCAAAGAACUGCAUUUCCUGAAACAGGAUUCCAAAGAAAAGUCUGAGAGAAUGGACAAAGACAUUGUCUUCUGUAGUAACAAUUGCUUGGUUCUUUAUUCAGCAUCCAUGCAAGCAAAAAUUUCAGAAAGCAAGGAAUCCGUCCCUCCUGAAAUGCAAUUUCCAAUGAAAGAACCUCCAAAAGGUUUCCACCAAUACAGUACAAACAUCUCUACAUUUGACGUUCACUGCCUCCCUCAACUGCAGGAAAAAAAUUCUCCCCCCUCAUCACCCCUUAUUACUUUUCCUCCUGCCUUCGAAGCAGCCAAAGUGGAGCCCAAACCAGAAGAACUUAAGGUAACUGUGAAAUUGAAACCCCGCUUAAGAACCGUUCCCAAUAGCCUUGAUGACUGUCGACCAGUGAACAAGAGAUGGAAAGGAAUGAAAUGGAAAAAAUGGAAUAUACAGAUUGUGAUUCCUAAAGGAAUGUUCAAACCUUGUGAAGAGGAGAUAGAUGACCUUCUCAAGAAACUGGGCACAACCCUUAAACCUGAUCCUGUCCUGAAAGACUACCGAAAAUGCUGCUUGUGCCAUGAAGAGGGUGAUGGGCUAACUGAUGGACCAGCCAGGCUUCUGAAUCUGGAUUUAGACCUCUGGGUUCAUUUGAACUGUGCUCUUUGGUCUACUGAGGUCUAUGAGACACAAGCUGGUGCCUUAAUCAAUGUCGAGCUAGCUCUGCGAAGAGGCUUGCAAAUGAAAUGCAUGUUCUGCCACAAGAUGGGUGCUACCAGUGGCUGCCACAGGUUAAGAUGCACCAAUAUUUAUCACUUCACCUGUGCCAUUAAAGCACAAUGCAUGUUUUUCAAAGACAAAACUAUGCUUUGCCCAAUGCACAAACCGAAGGGUGCUCAUGAGCAAGAACUCAAUUAUUUUGCAGUCUUCAGGCGAGUCUACGUUCAGCGGGACGAAGUCCGACAGAUUGCUAGCAUCGUACAGAGGGGAGACCGUGAGCACACCUUCCGGGUAGGGAGCCUGAUCUUCCACAGUAUCGGUCAGUUGCUGCCCCACCAGAUGGUUGCCUUUCACUCUUCAAAGGUGCUCUACCCGGUGGGGUUUGAGGCCAGCCGGUUGUAUUGGAGCAUACGAUACACCAACCGCCGCUGCCGCUACCUGUGCUCCAUUGAAGAGAAGGAUGGCUUCCCCUUGUUUGUGAUCAGGGUGAUUGAGCAAGGGCAUGAAGACAUGGUUCUGACUGGCCUGACUCCAGAAGAUGUUUGGGAUAAAAUCCUAGAGCCUGUCGCAUCUAUACGGAAAACCUCCGAAACGCUCCAGCUAUUCCCCGCAUAUCUAAAGGGCGAAGAUCUUUUUGGCCUGACUGUCUCUGCAGUGGCUAGAAUAGCUGAAUCACUCCCUGGGGUUGAGGCCUGUGAGCGUUACACCUUCCGUUACGGCCGAAACCCCCUCAUGGAGCUGCCUCUCGCCAUCAACCCCACUGGCUGCGCUCGUUCUGAGCCCAAAAUGAGCAGCCAUGUCAAGAGGUUUGUGUUAAGGCCUCAUACCUUGAAUAGCACCAGCACUUCAAAGUCAUUUCAGAGCACAGUUACAGGAGAACUAAAUGCACCUUACAGUAAACAGUUUGUCCAUUCGAAGUCUUCUCAGUAUCGGAAAAUGAAGACCGAAUGGAAAUCCAAUGUCUAUUUGGCACGGUCGCGUAUUCAGGGCCUGGGUUUAUAUGCUGCUAGAGACAUUGAAAAGCACACUAUGGUAAUUGAAUAUAUUGGAACCAUCAUCCGCAAUGAAGUAGCCAACAGGAAGGAGAAGCUUUAUGAAUCUCAGAAUCGUGGAGUAUACAUGUUCCGCAUUGAUAACGAUCAUGUCAUUGAUGCCACAUUGACUGGAGGUCCUGCAAGGUACAUUAACCAUUCCUGUGCACCCAACUGUGUGGCUGAAGUGGUAACCUUUGAACGGGGACAUAAAAUCAUAAUUAGCUCUAGCCGGAGAAUCCAGAAAGGAGAAGAGCUGUGUUACGACUACAAGUUUGAUUUUGAAGAUGAUCAGCACAAGAUUGCAUGUCACUGUGGGGCUGUAAACUGCCGAAAAUGGAUGAACUAGAUGCAUUCCUUAUUCCCUCUGAGGGCUGCGUGUCCCAAGGAAGAAGUGAUUUUUGAUGCUGUUCAUUUGGAGGGUGGGGAUGUGUUUUGUGUAUGAAAACAAUCACUUCUCUCAAGUUAUCUCUUCUACUCCAGUGUAAAGUGAGCACCAGAAGCCAGCUGGCAGAAUAUGGAGUUAGGCCUGGCUUCCAGGUACCCAAAAAGGAAACUGAUCUCCAGACCAGUCCAGCACUUUUGAUUUCAUUAAAAGAGAAAAUCUCUUUUCACUAAAGAGAAAUCAGAUUCGGGCAGAGAAGCUGUGGCUGACCUGCUGAAGGGCAGUGGGGCACUAAUGAAUGUAGACUGAAAUCACCAGCGGUAAGGGAGAUAUCCAAAGUGCUGGCCACCGCCUUACUUAUUAAAGGGGCAGGCCCUCUAAAAACAGGAAAAAAAUUAAAAACGUAGACACCACUGAACAAGGAAUGUACUGAAAUGACUUCCUUAGGGAUAGAGCUAAGGGAAAAAUAACUUGCACUAAAAUACAUUUAAAAUACUUGAUUCCAUGAGUCAGUUUAUUGUAGUUUUGAUUUCUGUAAAAUAAGAGAAACUUUUUGUAUUUAUUAUUGAAUAAGUGAAUGAAGCUAUUUUUAAAAGGAAAAGUUAGAAGCCAAGCUGCUGCUGUUACCUGCAGAACUAACAAACCCUGUUACUUUGUACAAAAAUGUAAAUAUUUUGAGUAUAAAAGUACAGUAUAAAAAAUAGGAGUUGACCAAAUGCUACCAGAUCUUGCAGCAGUUCGGGUGCUUAUUAAACUUAAUAGGGAUGUUACAAUAUGAUUUCAUGUAUUACAAUUACAUGUCAUUACAAUUGUCGUGGGUAACCAAAAUCUCAUUUUAAGAGAGAUUUUAUUUUAUUUUUUUAAUCUUUAAAGCAGGUUCAGUUAUGCUGCAUUGACUUUUUAAAGCAGCCCUUCAGAUUGAUUAGAGAGCAUGUAAAUUACAGCAGUGGUUUUUGUAGAUGUUUGAGGAAAUUUAGAUUAAUCUAUUUUAUUUGUAUUAUAUUGUUACAUCCCUAUUUCUUAAAUCAGGUUUUUUUUGUGUGUAGAAUUUGUGAUAACUGUGAAUAACUGCUAAAACCACCCAAACUAGAUGCUGAACAUUGAUUUUCUUUUCAACAGAAAUAGUGGAGAUUAUAUGAACUGUUCAGCUUACACUAAAAUUAUGUAAUGAAACUAGGAAUGUGUAGUUUAAGUCAAUAGCUGCCUUCUUGAAAAGUAAAAUCAAGGAAAAAAAUUAUAGGAAUUGUGCUUUCAGCUGCAGGACUCUGCCAAUAGGAUUUUGAAAAAAAGUAAUUUAAAAUGUGUUUGUAUGAAUUGUUUUUGUUUACAUUUCUUUAAAAAAAAUAAACACUGUUUGUGUUUGCUUGUAGAACCCUAAUCAACAUUUUGAACCAGGUUAGCUUUUUUAUUUUGUAUUUUCAAUUCUGGUACUGACACUUCACAGUCUAAAUAUUAAAAAAAAAUGAAGUUUUUUGUGUGCACAGCUAAAGUGGACUGUAAAACUGGUAGUAUAUUCAGUGAUACAGCUCUGAACUUGUAAUGUACAUGGCAUGAUGUAUUUUUAUCUUACAGAAUAAAUCAUUGUAUAUAUUUUUCUCUUGAUAAUAGCUGUAUGAAAUUUGUUUCUUGAAUAUUUUUCUUCUCUUGUACGAUAUUCCAACAUCCUACCAGUAUUUGUCUUACAGGUUUUUAUUCUGUUCUGUAUAAUAGUUAUCUAAUGUUGGCAAAAAUGAAUUUUUGAAGUAUACAGAGUGUUAUGGGCUUUGAAAUUUGUGGAAACAAAUUUAGAAAAAUCGGCAUUUACAAAUAAAAUAUUUUACAUCUAUAAAUACUUUAAUAUUUUCCUUUAUGUCAGGAUGCAGCACAUCCUGAAUAUGUUAUUUCCAGGGAUACACCAAAGAGGCUGUUUUUGCCAUCAGGAUGACACCUUAGGUAGCUUGAUGCUAUACCCAAAUCCCAAUUCUACAAAAACAGAUGCAUAUAUAAAAAAGUAUAGAAAACAUAAUUGCGCAGAGUAUGUCUUAUGCAUAGCAAAACUUACAUUAUUUAAUAUGUUAUGUUAGUAGUUCUAAUUAAGUCCCCCCCCCCCCAUUUUGGACAUCCUUAUCAGCUAUAGAACCUGCUUUAUUAUUUAGAAUUUUAAAAAGCCUAUUUAAGAUGAUUGCGGCCCUCAUACUUAAUUAGGUAACCUGAUGAACAGAGGACUAGGAAGCGCUUUCUAUCACAAACAGACUGGCUGGUUUCAUUAAAUUAAAAUAAAAGGUGCUGUUACAAAAGUUAAAUCAUAAAUGGCAUAAGGUUCUCAAGCAUUUAAUGUACACUAGAGACCAAAGGGACAGUUGCUAAUAUGAGUGUCAAUAACACCUAGUGUUAAUAAUAAAAAUGCAAUACAACAUACAUAAAAAUGGAUAUUUGUUUUCUCCCCACGACAUUGCAAAGAUAAACCAUAAACAUUUUUCUAAGCUAUACUUCAUAUGCUGCCUGAUUUUAAAAAGGAAUACCAAAACCUUAAAUAGAAUCUACUACCAUUUGCAAUCCUUAAUAUGGGCCUUAAACCUUCACUGCAUAAAUUAAGGCCCAGGUAUCCCAAUGGAAGUUUUCAGUACAGUAUCAAAUUCAAGCUUCUCACAAAUACUUAUGGGUGUCAAUAUCUUCCAAAAUGUAAAAAGAUCUGGUUUUUUUUACCUCUUCACAAACAAAUGGGGGUAGAACUGAGUAUAGUAAAAACUCAAGCAAUGUACAGGUAAGUCCUGAACAUAGAAUCAUCACUUAUCAACCAUCUGAAGUUACAACCGAUCCAAAAGGGGGACUUAAGACCUGGAUUCCAAAUUCUGAUGGAGGUUCCUCCACAGUCACAUCACCAAAAUUUGGGCACUUUUCAACAUGGCUCCAUUUACCGCCAUCUGCAGCAUCCCACAAUAAUUGACCAUGUUUUAUGAUGGUUUUGCCAAAAACUGACAUUUACAUCCAAUUUUCAGCAAAAAUGUGCCUGUAGAGAACCACUGGUUUGCUUACCAACUGCCGCAAAAAAGUUAUAAAAUUGUUUUACAACUGUUACAACAUACAACUAUAAUGGGCAGCCUCUAUUACAGUCACACGUC